AUGACCAAGAAAGAUAUGAAGGGUGACAAAAUUGUGGCACAUUUUCUUACAUUCAUCGGUCAAGAAGCCUACAGUUUAUUAAAAACCUUGGCAUAUCCAGAUAAGCCGAUUUCACUCCCAUAUACAACUCUCAAGGAAUUACUAUUAAACCAUGUGAAGUGCACCAGUUUUGAGUGUCGUGAGAGAGCAAAAUUUCAUAAGAUGAUUCGUCAGGAUAACCAGAAGGUUAAAGACUUCAUCCUUGAAUUGCAAAGACAAGCUGCCAAAUGCAAUUUUGGUGAUCAGCUUCAUGUACAGUUGAGAGAUCGGUUAAUUGCUGGAAUUAACAUACCAGGUCUGGAAAAGAGCUGUUAAGAAUGCCGAACUGUUCUUUUCAAGAUGCUAGAACUGCAUGUAUUAACUACGAAGCAGUGAAUGAACUUGAUAUUCAAUCGAUGAAAAUUUCUAAUACUUUGCUUAGUCGUCAUGAUGAAUUACAAUCUCAGGGUCGAUCAAAUUUGCGUUCGUUUAAUCGUGAUUGCUAUUCCCGUGGAAAUAUGAAAGGUGGUUUAACAAGGAACUGCAAAGCAAACAACAAAGGUAUUGGUGCAGUUUUGGAACAGGAAGGUUAUUCACAAACGCAGCGAGAAGCGUUAGCUGUGUUUUGGGCUGUUAAAAGACUUCAUAAAUAUUUAUUUGGAAAGAAGUUUACCAUUGUUACUGAUCAUGAAGCCUUAAAGUUCAUUUAUCAUCCUGACAAAUCCUUAGCACGUUCCUCAGC